AUGGCGCUAUCGAAUAUUUAUCAACAAAUUCCAAAACGUUAUGUGCUGAGCUUACUGAGAUUCUUCGGAUUAUUUAAUGCCUUCGUCUUACGAUCGAAUCUAUCCAUUGCAAUCGUUGCAAUGAUUACUCCAACAAUUGACAACUCAUCCGAUAAUAUGACCAUAAUGAUACCUGCUGUCUAUAAUUGGAGCACUACCACACGAGGGUAUAUUCUUGCAUCAUUCUUCUAUGGUUAUUGUAUUGCUGUCAUACUAGCUGGGUUGCUAGCAACAAGAUUUGGUGGGCGAAUUUUACUUGGUGGUGGUGUUGGUUUGUGUGCUUGCUUAACUUUAUUUACACCAUUAUGUGCUCGGAAUGGAUCAGGAGCAUUAAUGUUCCUACGAGUUCUUGAAGGUAUUAGUUCAAGUUGUAUAUACCCAUCAUUGCAUUCUAUAUGGUCGAAAUGGGCACCGAAACAAGAUAAAUCGAAAUUGGCAACGUUUACAUUUUCUGGGGCGUAUACCGGCACAUUUGUAACGAUGCUUUUUGGUGGUGUUAUUGCUGUUGAUUGGUCAUGGGAAUGGGUAUUUUAUCUAUCAGGAAUAUCCAGUCUUUCAUGGGUACUAAUUUGGUUUUAUUUCACGGCUGAAACACCCUCAGCUCAUACAACGAUAUCAUAUGAAGAAGCAAGAUAUAUUGAAGACAAUAUAGUUGAAGUCAUUUCACAAAAAGAUACAAUUCCAUGGAAAGAUAUAUUGACAUCAUUACCAGUAUGGGCAAUUAUUGCGGCACAUUUCGGAACAAAUUGGGCUAUCUAUACAAUGUUUACUGAAUUACCAACUUUUCUAGUUAGAGCACUUGGUUUUCGUGUUGAUACGGCAGGUUUAUUAGCAGCUCUGCCAUGGUUGCUAUUAGCCAUAUCAGUGUAUCUAACAGGAAUUAUUUCGGAUAAACUAGUAGAAAAAUAUUCCAUAUUAUACAUUCGAAAAUUCAUUAUGUCUAUAUCUUUUACUAUAAUCGCGUUGGGCUUCCUUCUAAUUACUGUAUUAGAUAAUGAUGAUCGUGCCUUAAUUGUGAUCGGUAUUACAAUUGUGAUUGGUGCAUGUGGUCUUGCUUGGGCAAGCUUUGGUGUGAAUCAUCUCGAUAUUGGAGGACAUUAUGCAGCUGUUCUCAUGGGUAUGUCAAAUUGUAUUGGAUCGACGCCAGGUUUCAUUGUACCAGUUAUCACAGGCUACAUUGUUCAAAAUUCAGACUUGAAACGUGAAUGGAAUAAUAUAUUUAUAAUUCCCAUCUUUAUCUCUGUAGCAGCUCUGAUGUUUUAUACAUUUUUUGGUGCUGGUGAAUUGCAAUUGUGGGCAUCGAAUAGCAGUGAUGAACAUCAACGUGUCAUGAACAACCCUGUUGUAUCUCGAGAUAUCAGUGAACAUACUACCAACUGA